AUGGAUCAAUGGGGCCACUAUCCCGACUCUGCUUCCUCCUCGAGGAGAUACAACAACGGUAAUCCUCCACCGAACCAGCCGCCCACCUCGCGAGACUACAACGGCAAUACGCAAGCCCAGCCCCCAGCCGGCUUCACCUACGAGCAAUAUCAGGGCGGCAUGGGCGCGCACUCUCAAGCCAUGUCGGCUUCCCCGCUAGCUACUCCACAAAUGAGGGAUGGAAAUGGGGACGUGGCCAUGCAGGACGCGGGAGAUCCGUACAGUGGAAUGAAGUAUGCGAUGAGGCCUCAUCAUCAGCAGCACCUGUCGAGCAGUCGAGCACCUCAUCAUCCCUCCCAAGAAACAUCGGCUGCCGCUCAGCGUUACUCUCCCAUGGAGACGCUAUCGCCAAGCUCUCCAUAUGGCGCGCCGCAGCAAGCCCACAAUCCAUACGCGUCCCAAGGAGCGCCUCAGCGUCAGUCACCAACGAGGCCAGGAAACUACUCGUCCUCCAACUCUUAUUAUUCCAAUCGUCCGCAGAACCAGCAGCUGCCUCCCAUCACGCCUUACCCCUCCAACAACGAGUCUUAUCCCCACUCUGCGACGGCCCAAGUGAAUCCAGUAUUUGGGAGUGAUCCCAAGUCGCCUCGUAGGCCCGCUCCGCAGACGCCUCAAGGAAAUCCAGGAAGAGGGCCGGUUCCAGAGUUCACUAAGGUGCGGUCGAUUGCAGACUUAAAGCCCAAAGUCAACGCCCAACCCGCAUUUCGACGCGCAAAUCCCGAAGGUGGAUUCAUAAGUCCUCUACAAGCUCUUACGAGUCAUCUUCCAUCUACCUAUCGCAUCUGCAAUCCCAGCUUCAAAUACGAAUCGUCCCGAAAUCCCCGCCGAGUUCUCACAAAACCGAGCAAAGGUGUCAAGAAUGACGGCUUCGAUAACGAGGACAGUGAUUAUAUACUCUACGUGAAUGACAUUCUCGGGUCUGAAGAGACUGGUCAUAAGAACCGUUACCUUAUCCUCGAUGUUCUCGGCCAGGGGACUUUUGGUCAGGUCGUCAAAUGCCAGAACUUAAAAACGCAAGAGGUCGUCGCUGUCAAGGUGGUGAAGAACAGGACUGCAUACUUCAAUCAAAGUAUGAUGGAGGUUUCGGUCCUUGACCUGCUCAACACAAAGCUCGAUAAGAAUGACGACCACCAUCUUCUCCGACUGAAGGAUACCUUUAUCCACCGGCAACACCUUUGCUUAGUCUUUGAGUUGUUGAGUGUGAAUCUGUACGAGUUGAUCAAGCAAAACCAAUUCAGGGGACUAAGCACUACACUUGUCCGAGUCUUCGCACAACAGCUGUUGAAUGGCUUGAGCCUUUUAAACAAAGCCCGCCUUAUACACUGUGACUUGAAACCGGAGAAUAUCUUGCUCAAGAACCUCGAGAGUCCAAUUAUCAAAAUUAUCGAUUUUGGAUCUGCCUGCGAUGAACGGCAGACGGUAUACACAUACAUCCAGUCCCGAUUCUACCGGUCUCCUGAGGUUUUACUUGGCCUGCCGUACUCCUCGGCGAUCGACAUGUGGUCAUUAGGCUGUAUUGUCGUCGAAUUAUUCUUAGGUUUACCACUAUUCCCAGGAUCCUCGGAGUAUAAUCAGGUAGCACGGAUAGUUGAAAUGCUCGGCAACCCUCCAAAUUGGAUGCUUGAGAUGGGGAAGCAGGCGGGAGAGUUUUUCGAGAAGAGGCACGACGUGGACGACUACGGAAGACGGACAUAUCAUCUCAAGAGCAUGGAGCAGUACUCCCGAGAGCAUGGCACCAAGGAGCAACCAAGCAAAAAAUAUUUUCAAGCAACGACACUGCCAGAGAUCAUUCGUUCAUACUCAAUGCCGAGGAAAAAUAUGAAGCCGAGCGAGAUUGAGCGAGAAAUGAAUAAUCGGGUUGCAUUCAUCGACUUCGUCCGUGGUUUACUAAACAUCAACCCAUUGGAGCGUUGGUCCCCUCAGCAAGCGAAGUUGCAUCCUUUCAUCACGCAACAGAAGUAUACCGGUCCAUUUGUGCCUCCAAUGAAUCUCAAAUCGAGUUCAAUCAACCGAUCUCCAGCCCCCGGUACCCAGCAACAACAGCAAGCUGAAGCUUUGAGCAAGCAACGUGCGCAGGCUGCACAAGCUCAAGCGCACUCGGCUCAAGCGCAUUCAGCAACCCAAGCACCGUAUGGCACUGGCGUGCCCCUCGGCCAAUAUCCCCCGGCCCCUCAGACUCAGGCACCCCCGAUAUACAAUAACAAUAACAACAUGUACUCACCAAACACAAAUCACCAAGCUGCGCCACCGCCGUACCCAUCACAGCAACCCGGGCCAUAUAAUCAGAUGGGUAUGAUGCCACAACCCCCUUCCCAGCUUCCCCCGGCGCAAUACGGACCAGGCCCUCCACAGCAGCAGAGCCUCUACGCACAGGCGACGAUACGAUCAGGGCGCCAAAGAGCUUCUACAAUGGAGGUGCAGCAAGGUGGUAUACCUGUAGCUAUCCAGAGGGUAGCGAGUCACCUUGAUCCCAAUCAACCUAUCCGCCUUCAACCAAGCCCAGCAUACUACCCACCUCCACCUGAUGGAGCUCCUGAUGGGAACCCCGGUAGCGCACGGAGGAGGGGCAGCAGAGCUGCGCAAGGCGGUCAAGGCGGAGCGAGAAACAAUCGGGAUUUCAUUCGCAACCUCGAGGACCGCACUCUCGAGGAAGGGUUUAUGGGACAAAGCCAGUGGCACUGA